GACCUCUCAUCCCUCAUUCCGAAACUGGAUACUCCGCAAGGUAAUUGCCGAUAAUUGCUACACGCGUCAACUAUAUUCUCGCAAAAAUACUGUGCAUGGGUGAUUGGUUUGUGGUUAGAUAACGCGCGGGUCGACCGAACUGCGGGGGAUUUCUGCUUAGCCGGACUCGCGCGAGUAAUCGCGUACUUCGGGGCGCCGACAUCACCGAAAGGAUGCUUCGAAAAUACGAUGAAAAUGGACGUGCCACACUUUGAGGCGUUUUUAAGUAGCUUCUUGUGAUGGUGUAAUGUAAAAGAAGACUAGCACUAGUUGAGCAACUUUUUUCAUCACAAGACUGUUCCGACUUGCUCCAAAAAUGUCUGUAACUUUUGCGCAACGCGGUCGGCCGCCUCCAAAUCCUGCCCAAAUACAGAAGAUGCUUGAUGAAAAUUGCCAACUUAUACAAAUGAUUCAAGAGUAUCAGAACAAGGGCAAGGCACAGGAAUGUGUACAGUAUCAGCAGAUGUUACAUCGCAACUUGGUAUACUUAGCAUCCAUCGCAGAUGUAAACCAAAAUUUGCAAACUUUAUUACCUCUACCUCAAGGUAUACCCAAUGGCCCUCAACAUGGUAUGAUGAAUCCACAAGGACUUCCAAGUGGUCCAGGUGGUACAGCAGGCCCUGGAGGCGAAAUGCCACCGAAUACACAGCCAACCAUGCCAAUGUCGACUUUUAAUCAAGGCCAACCGAUGGCGCAAGGUGGUUAUCGCGGACCUGUGAUGCCUGGCCAAGGACCUACCAUAAAUAGGCCUCCAACAGCACCGGGUCCACAGCAAUACAGAGGUCCACAAGGUUAUCCCCAGCAGCCUUCUCAGCAAGGUUAUCCUGCUCAAUAUACCAGUCAGAAUCCUGGCUCAAAUUAUCAAGGACCACAAGGGUCUGCGUACACUCCUGGCCAACCAAACCAGUACGGACCACCAAACGCUUCUCAGCAACAGGGAUACAGUGCAGCCACACAGCCAAAUUACGGUCCUCCGACCACAGUAAACAGCUACGGUCCGCAACCAGGUGGUUAUCCACCACCAGGUUCAACUCAGCCGCCUUCUGGAUACGGACCACCGCCACCAAAUCAACAAGGUUACCCACCUUCUAAUGCUUCGCAGCAGAAUUUCUCAUCAGGUAGUCAACAACAGCAACCAGGGCAAUAUGGCAGUCCUAGUCCACAACCAAAUUAUCAACAGCCACCGUCCCAAGCGCCACCUCAAAACGCGUACGCUGCGGGGCAACCCGGGAAUUACCCCCCACCCUCCUCACAGGCAUACGCGAACAAUGUCCUACCGCAAAAUUACCCACCGCCUCCGACAACCAGCGCGACUCAACCCCCUCAACCUGGGUCUCAGCAAAACGCGGGUCCGCAGCCCAACUAUGUUAAUCAACCGAGCCCGGGUCCCGGUGCGACACAAUAUGGCCCCGCGUCUACGUCUCCGCCAUUUAGUACUUCCUCUGCAAGCGGUGGCAAUACUUACGCUCAAAGCAGUCAGCCGACAAGCACACCGUCUGCUUCGACGCAGACGUAUCCGCCGAGUAGUGGCCCACCACCAACAUCACAGGGAAGCUACGCCCCUCCGGUGCCAGCCCCUUCUGGGUAUCCUGUUCAUCAAACACCUCACCCGACAUCGCACCCACCACAUCCACCGCCACCGCAUCAAUCACCCCAUCAGCCACCGCACCCCCCACAUCAGUCACCUCAUCAGCCGUCUCAUCAAUCCUCUCAUCAACCACCCUCGCACCAAUCACCGCAUCAGCCACCGCAACAAUCUCAGCAACAGUCACAAACAGCUCCGCAGACGCAACAGCAACCAGCUCAGAGUCCGGCUCCGAGCGGAUUUCAGCCACCGUCCGGCCCGCCGCAGGGUCCCGCUCCACCACCAGGCCCUCAACAACAGCCUGCUUAUGGACCCACUACCACGCAAACCUAUGUUCCACCAACCCCAGGCGGGCAGCCACAGAUUUAUAGUCCUCAUCCGCCACAAGGUGGCCAACACUAUGGACAUCCACAAUAUCCUCCUCAAAAUUAUCCCCCACCGCCGACAGGACAAGGGUAUCCACAAUAUCCUCCACGACCACCUGGUGGACACAUGCCUCCGCCACCUGGACCUCAAGGACCACCUCCUCCUAAUCAAUAUGGAGGUUACGGUUAUCAACCACCUACACAGUAACUUCUAUAAAGGUCCAUAAAUUGAUAUAAAUUAAGUAUAUUAACACACAUAUAUAUUAAUAAAUUAAUAUAUACAUAUUAUAUAAUUAAUUAAUUUAUUAAUAUGUAUGUGCGUGAAUAUAUCGAGAACAUUUUAAUUUCUUUUAUUAUAUGGUUAUGUUAAUGUAACUUUAUUAAUUCACAAUAUUUAUGCACAGAUAUUGUGAAUAUCUACAUUAACGUGAACAUAUGAAGGGUUUAUCAGCACAAUGAGAUUAGAUUAAGAAAAUGAUUAUGUGGAAAACUUUAAUUUAAUCUUUAUUAAUGUGUCGCAUAAGAACAUAAUAAGAAACUUAGAGUUAAAUAUAUAUAAAGAAUAAUUGUGCUGUAAAAUUUGAGCUUAGCUUCAAUAAUUUACAAUUCUUUUUUUAUUUCAAUAUUUGCGUACGUAUUUUUCUAUGCUAAUUUGUGUGUGAUGAUAUAUAUAUAUAUACUUUUGUUUUUGUACUGUUUAGGUGGGUAAAAAUAAAUCUUUUUCUUUUAGAUCUCAAGAAAAUGAGUAUAUUAAUAUUUAAGAUGGCUUUUAACUGUUAUGACAAGACUUGUAAUCCAGGAAAAACGUACAAUUGUUACAAUUUAGUAUAUUCUUUUUCUUUUUUUGUCUAAUUUGUUUUAUACCAUUUGUAUACAUAAGAAUAAUAUACGUAUUUAUCACAAGUCCAUAUUAUGCUUGUAACUUUUAUAUUUUCUUCUAUAUACGAAAAAGGCGAUAAUCUAUAUAAACUUUAUUUUUAUUACAAAUGCAUAUACAUACACACGUAAUUUUUUAUUAAUAUAGUUAUAUUAAUAUAGCUAGAAACAUAAAUUGAAAGUCAGAGAUAUAGUAUGAUAAUGUAUGGCAAUGUUGAUUUAUGCUGACACUGGCAAUAGUGUUUAACGUUGUGGGAUGUAAAAUUAUUUCACUUUCAUGAUUGACAUAUAUACAUAUAGUACGAAUGUCAAUAUAUAAAUUUUUUCAUGUCACAUAUAAUUCGCAAUACAGAGUCUGCAGCGCAGUUAAGAAAAGAGUGAUUUCUUAUAUAAAAUAAUAAAUUAUUAUGAUAUUUGUUUCAUAUAAAUCUCUAAAUUCUAAAGAAAUCAGUUUUGAAAAGUUAGAAGUCGAUAUCUUUCUUUAUCAAAUUAAUAUAAUUUUUUGUAUAUAUUAACGUAAUACGUUAUGAGUUAUAGCGCUUUUUUCGUGAGACAUUACCAUUAUAUAAUAUCAUAAUGUUAAUAAAAAUAAGAUAUUUCACACGCAACUGAUAUAUAAAUAUUUUAGGCUAUAUUUGUUAUUUUUAUACAAAGAAUCACUUUCUUCUUGGUUGUAAUAUGUAAAUCUAAUAUUCUGUAUUUGUCCUACAAAUAUUUUUCGAGGGAGAUGUUAAUAAUUGUACAAAUAAAUGUAUCUUGUUCGCGUUCUCAACAUGACGUUAGAUUAAAUAAGUAAAAAAUAUUAAAUUAUAUAUAUAAACAUAACAGGUUGUACAAGUAUUGAGAGAGAAAAGAUUUAUCAAUAUUAGAGAAUCGAUUUUCAAAUUAACUCGUAUAUUGCUUUUUAUUUUUGACAGUGAUAAAUACAAAAAUCUUAAUAAAAAUGAACAUAUGUCCAUCUUUGUGCAUACAUAAUAGAUGAUUUUCGUAAUAUGGAUCUAUCAGAUGUAAAUCUUAAUUCUAUAAAUAAACCCUAGGAAAAUAUUUUGAAAGAAUGUUAAAUUAUAACUCAUCUUUGAAGUUUAAAUUGCUAAGACGACACUGACAGGAAUGACUAGGUUGUGGUACUUCUUCCAUGUUAUUUAGGACUUCAACUUUACUCUUUAAGCGUUUACUCCAUUCCUGAAAGAAAUAUAUAUUAUUUGGCAAGAUAUACCAAGAGAGAGCAACAUAUAAAGCUAGAGCUUUCUCAUACAUGAAAUAAAACUGUAUGGUAACACAAUAUAUCACGUGGUAAUAAAUUAUCCCUUGCAAAUUG